ACACAUCCGGCCGAUUGGCCGUCCGAUGCGCGCUCUCAUGGUGUCCACACUGAGCUUCACACAAAGAUCUCCAAGAGAUCAAACUGACGUUUUGGCCCAUAUGCUCGUGCCCUCUUUCUGUCGAACUGUCCAUUGAGGGGUUUCCGCUCAUCCUAGAAGACCCAAGUGCGUCUGGGUCGAACGGAUCAUGAGAGGGGUUGACCUGGUGAUGUUUUUUGUCUACAUAAGCACACUCCUUUCCCAUGCCAUGUAUAGUUCACAUCCACCAUCAAACUACUCCUCCAAGCAAAGUCUUCUCUUUAUAUCUCUGUAUCUCUCUCACACUCUCACACACACACAAACAACUGUCUCCAAGGCUCUUUUGUCUCUCGAGUCCAUAGUCUCCAACAAGUCUCUAUAGAUUUCUUUCACGGCCCUUUCACGUCAAAAACAUCAUGUCUGCCCCCCAGAUCCCCACGGAACAAUGGGCCCAGGUCAUCGAAAAGACCGGCGGUCCCGUUCAGCUCAAGAAGAUCCCGGUCGCCAAACCCGGCCCCGAGGAGGUCCUCGUCAACAUCAAGUACUCCGGCGUGUGCCACACUGACCUCCACGCCGUCAACGGAGACUGGCCCAUCCCGACCAAGCUGCCGCUCGUCGGCGGCCACGAGGGUGCCGGUAUCGUCGUGGCCCGGGGUGAGCUCGUCACCGACGACAUCUGCAAGAUCGGCGAGGCCGUCGGCGUCAAGUGGCUCAACGACUCGUGCUUGUCUUGCACCUUCUGCCAGCAGUCCGACGAGCCCCUCUGCCUCACCCCCAAGCUCUCCGGCUACACCGUCGACGGCUCCUUCCAGCAAUACUGCGUCGCCUCGGCACGACACGUCGCCCACAUCCCCGAGGGCGUCCCCCUCGACGGCGUCUCCCCGGUCCUCUGCGCCGGCAUCACCGUCUACAAGGGACUGAAGGAGUCCGGUGCCCGACCCGGCCAGACGGUCGCCAUCGUCGGUGCCGGUGGCGGGUUGGGCUCUCUCGCCCAGCAGUACGCCAAGGCGAUGGGUCUGCACACCAUUGCCAUCGACACCGGCGAUGACAAGAAGGAACUUUGCAAACAGAUGGGUUCAGAGACCUUCAUCGACUUUGCCAAAUCCAGCGACGUGAUCAAGGACGUCAAGAACGCCACCAAGGACGGCCUGGGACCCCACGCCGUCAUCCUGGUGGCCGUCAGCGAGAAGCCCUUCCAGCAGGCCGCCGAGUACGUCCGACCACGGGGCACGGUCAUCGUCAUCGGUCUGCCCGCCAAGGCCUACAUCCGGGCGCCGGUCUUCGAGUCGGUCCUGAAGAUGAUCAGGAUCCAGGCUUCCUACGUCGGCAACCGGCAGGACAGCGAGGAGGCCCUGGACUUUUACGCCCGCGGCCUCAUCAAGGUCCCCUUCAAGACGGUCGACCUCAAGGACUUGCCAAAGGUCUACGAGAUGAUGCACGCCGGCCAGAUCGCCGGGCGUUACGUCCUGAAGAUGCCAGACGCGUGAGGGUGAGGGGGGCCAAGUUUUACCACCGCGACGUUUUUUCUUUCAUCUGGGUCGUGUUGUGUGUUGAAGUGAUGUGACGAGGUAGAUGCCAAAAAAUUAUUCUUAUGACCAUGCACUUGAGGGCUCUGGAACGAGAAGGUCGAGAAGCCCCUUUUUUUGGAAAUGAAUCCCAAAUGAGACUCGAUCUUGGUAGCCAAAUGUAUAGCUAAAACCAAAAAAAACACCAAAUUUCAUGACAUGACAACUACCGCCUACCGUGAUUAUAUCAUCGUCUCAAGAAAGCCGCGAGGGAAGUAAAGUAAGACGAGUUGACAUUGAUAUUGUCAAAGUGACAUGUUGAUGACUCGUCCAGCGUUGGUGCUCGAUGUGCAAUACAAAAAAGGGGAAAGACUUACGGACGGAACCAUCACAAAACAUACUCCAUACCGUCUAGGGACACAAAAACGAACGUCGUAAUGAUGCAAGCAUGGGGGAUAUCAUCAUUGUCUGUGGUACUCGUGUGUAUCUUGCUCUCGAUCCGGCCACCACCCAAACAGGUGACUGAACCCUUUUCGGAACCACUUGGGCAACCCCCCAUGGACAAUCAUUGACCUCCCUCAGCGACCGACCUCUCCGUCCCUUGCCAGCACCACACUCCCUCCUACUCUACUCCUUGACCUGACAUGGCUCCCUUUGUUGAUACAUAGGCCAGCCACUCUCCUGCCUGUGAGUCAUGGUCAUGUACCCAUCCGUACGUACAAAUAGAUAGGUACUCAUACCUACUCAAGCCUGUGUGUUCUUCUCAUUCAGCCCAACUUCGACCAACGGUUGGACUACUUACUUACCUUGAUCAACUUCUACCUUCUUGGUGGUGACUUUCUCCUUACCACCCUUCCGUGUUCUUCGACGCAUCCUACCCCAACAACAAUCUUCUUCAUUUCCUUCAUCAUCUUCUUCUUGCCUCACACACUUGACCUUUUCUUUGCAAAGCGACGCUGGUCUUUGAAGGUCCAAAGAAAAAGGUUUCGGGACGAGUUCGUGCUGUGCAGUGUGUUCCGUGGCAUUUCGUCCUCCUGACUCCAGAAACGACUUCAGGCCAAACGUUCUGAUUUGUCUUUCUUGUUUCAUUGCCUUGCGUGGAAAGAAAGGAAUCAUCUCCUCGAACUUCUCCGACACAUGCAACCACUCCUCGUUCUGUCUCCUAUCCCACCAGCAGUUCAGUAUUCUCCAUCCAUCAUCUCCUCCUCUUCUCGACAACAACAGUUCUUCUUCUAUCAUCGCUGCCGCCGCCACUCCGUCCCUUGGAGGCGUAUGCUGUUGUUGUCCUCUUCUCAACUCCCGCACUCGCAUGAGCUCUCCGGUAUCUCUCAUCUUCGCUCGAAUCAUCUUCACUGCCUGUAGAUGAAUUGCACUCAGAUGAGCUAGAACUCCAUGCUCCACAACGCUUCCCUCCACAGUCAAGCUUGACGCGUUGUCCGGAUCGUGUCACGCCAUAACGCUCGCAGCGACAGCUAUGGUCACUCAGACUCGACAAGCUGGAAGGAGACGAGCUUGAGAAUGCUGUUCCGCUAGAGGAUCCAUCGUCGGAUAGUUCGGAAGGCGAUGCUGAGCUGUCAGCAAUGCGGUAUCCGGCGAAGCGUUCUUCAAGAUCAUCUAUGGGCGAUGCAUCAUAGUCUGCCUCACGCAAAGGACGAGAUGCAUAGGGCUUGCUUGGCUUAGGAUGUUGUAUCUUUCCUGGACUCAAAGCGCGACCCUGGGGAAUAUCCCUGCUGUGACGUUUGCUAGGGAGAUUGGUGGUCGUCACAGAGGGUCGUUGGGCUUUGGAGCUAUCCUUGUCGCUAGAAGGCACAUCGAUGACAUUGAGCUUUCGACCUGUUGUCUUUUCGGUCACGUAUUCUUUGGCCGGAUCGUGGGACACAUGGUAUCCGUCCACGAUAUAAUAGUACCAGUAACGCGAGCCUAGCUUGAGGGCAUUAGAGCCUUGAAAACGGAACGUUCCUUUCCAGGAUCCAGGCUUUGCAGCAGGAUCCUUAACAAGCGACAGUGGAAGUUGCGAUUUGUAGUUGUCCCAAGAGCCCAGAAGGUGGACUGUGCGGACAUUGGGAGAAGUGCGGAGGGUGAAUGAGAGCUGAACUGCUGGUGGCGACAUGUUGUUUUUGAUUUUCUAAUGCCGUGGUAUUGGUGUGAUUUGGUAUUAAGUAAAUGCCUGCUAGGGAGUAGAACUUGUUUAGCUUCGUUGUGCAUAUGGGGUAAGGGGUAAGGGACAUACCAAUAGAUAGGAAAGAAUGUGUCGUUGAGACUUUUGAAUCGUGACAAUGCGUAAAAUUUCUCGUUAAGUGUGCUGAAUAGCUGUGGUCGUGGCUCGUAGCCCAGAUUAUGUAUACCAAUGCAGAAGC